CGGAGAGUACAGCUUAUUUACACAAGGUUUCUAGCAAAUUCUACCUAUCCAGCUGGCCGGAACCAUUGUUAUCCUCGAGUUUACGGGGGUGACUUAAUGUUGUGGCAACGCAGACAAAUGUCAGGAGCGUGGAAGGACAUUGCAAGAAGCAAUCAUGUUUAGAUUAUUAUUCCGGACUGUGUACACUGCUCGAAACUACCCAGUUAGUGUCAACGAAUCGUUAUCGUUGCUAGCUAAAUGUGACAAGGCUAACUGUAUAGCUCCAGCGUUAAGGGUUUCCAAUGGAGGUGGCCUCAGAGCCCUCAGCACAAGUUCAGUCAGGCUCUGUGAAAAGAAAAACGAAUCCGUUACAGCUAAACAAGAUGAAGAAGCAAAAACAGAUGCAGAGGCCGACCCUAAAGAAAAGAAGACUUUGGUCACGCAGGAGGCAGACGAGGACAGCAAAGUCAUCAAAAUGGCCGAGCAAAGUGAGGAGCCGCUGGUGUCAAAAGCAGAUGAUGGAAGAAGCGAUACGCAGCAGCACCAGGUGGAUGUUAAAACUGAACCGGAUGUGGUUACGCCAGAAAAAGUAGAGACUGAUGCAGCUAUGAAUGGUAAAGAGAGUCUACUAGCCCUCCUUGGAGGCAUGAAGGUGGACGUAACAAGUAAAAGGAAGCCCAAAAUCGUAAAUGAUAAGCAAAUUGAGUCCACCCCUGUGUCUAGACCACCAGCCAUGGAGAGCACCAUCAGCAUGUUUCAGCAGGCUACAGAGGAGGCUUCAUCACAGAGUGUAAAACUGGAUCCUGAACUGGUAGCAGCUGCAUCUGCAGCAGCUUCCACUCUUCCUAACAGCAGCCAGGCUGAGUCUCAGCUGCUCAGGCAGCUGAGGCAGCACGAGGCUGUCACUGAGGCUCAGAAGAAAGGUGACACGGCCAAAGACCUUGGACUACUCAUCGCUGAAAUGAAAAUAGGAAAGCAUUCGAACCGACAAAACGCUCGGCCGGCGAAUCAGAUCCGGUUUGAUGAGGACGGCCAGGGAUACACACAUGACAGAGGAAUCACAUCUGAGCUGGACAGUGCUCGGAGAAAGAGGAACCUGUUCUCUGGGAAAAGACUGAACAUCUUCACCCCCGGAACUGCUGACGGAGCUGAAUCAGCAGUUGCACGGCCUACUUUAUGGGACUUGGACUUUGCUCAUCAGUUGUCUGAAGUGACCAACCAGAUGCCCCGCAACGGGCUGGAGGAAAUGAUCCAGUGGACCAAAGAGGGCAAAAUGUGGCAGUACCCAAUCAACAAUGAAAUUGGCCUUGAGGAGGAAGCCAGUGUCUCAUUCCAUGAGCACAUCUUCUUGGAGAAACACAUAGAGGAGGGUUUCCCCCAGAAGGGACCCGUGCGUCACUUCAUGGAGCUUGUGUUGUGUGGUCUGUCCAAAAACCCUUAUCUGACAGUCCAGCAGAAGAAGGAACACAUUGACUGGUUCAGAGACUACUUCCACCAAAAAGAGGAAGUCCUUAACGAGGCUGGUGUUUACCUCAAAUAAGCUUAAUGGACUAGGACCCCUUUAAUCAGUGGGGGCUGAAAUUGUGAUCCUCUUCACCCACAUGGUUCCACAGGUUGUAGCUUGGGUUUCUUAACUCUGCCAUGAGGCCUGUUUAGAUUGGACUGGCGUCAAGUCUGCGUCCUGGUGUCAUCGCACAGCAUCUACUGUUUCUAAACAAUGUUGCUUCAGACUGCAGAACCACAAUCACUUCACUGUUGACUUGUCACAUAACGGAGAGUGAAAUGUUGCUGAUACAAAUGCUUGUACAAAGUAUACAAACAAUAUAAAAAAGCAGAAGUUCUGUCA